CUAAUUAUCAGUUUGCUCAUUUCAGAAGCAGCUGGGAACAUAGGAUCUAAAGACAGUUCUCACAAAACUGGACAGACUGUUGAGGUUGUUGGCAUUAUACUUGGUCUUGGUGUUCUGCUAUUGGGUUUUGGUAUAUUUUUAGUAUGGAAGAAAAAAAGAAUGCAGAGGGUACUGAAAGAAAAGACAGAGCAUAAAGGUCCUCAUGAAAGAAGUCAGGAUAUCUUGACAAGUGAAGGGCUUAUUGUGAACAAAAGAGAUUAUUCAGGUGAAAGUACAACAGAUGAACUAGAGCUUCCAUUAUUUGACUUUGGUACCAUAACAGUGGCUACAGACAAUUUCUGUGAUGAAAAUAAACUAGGACAAGGUGGUUUUGGCAUUGUUUACAAAGGACUGUUGGUUGAAGGUCAAGAAAUCGCAGUGAAGAGACUGUCGAAGAAUUCAGGGCAAGGAGUCGAAGAAUUUAAGAAUGAGGUUAGGUUGAUUGCAAGGCUUCAACACAGAAAUCUUGUUCGCCUCCUCGGUUGUUGUGUUGAGAUGGAAGAAAAGAUGUUGAUAUACGAAUACAUGGAAAACAAAAGCCUCGAUUCCAUUUUAUUCAAUAAAGAGAAACGCUCUUUGUUGGGUUGGCGAAGGCGCUUCAACAUCAUUUGUGGGAUUGCUCGAGGGCUUCUUUAUCUUCACCAAGAUUCCAGGUUUAGAAUUAUCCAUAGGGAUCUCAAAGCAAGUAAUGUUCUACUUGACAGAGAAAUGAAUCCAAAAAUAUCAGACUUUGGCAUGGCAAGAAUUUUUGGAGGAGAUCAGACGGAAGCAAAUACAAUGAGAGUUGUUGGGACUUAUGGUUAUAUGGCUCCUGAAUAUGCAAUGGAUGGCAUUUUCUCAGUGAAAUCUGAUGUCUUCAGCUUUGGCGUAUUAGUGUUAGAGAUAGUAACUGGCAAGAAGAACAGGGGAUUUUACCAUGCAAACCAGGAACAUAACCUUCUUGGACACGCAUGGAGGCUAUGGGGAGUAGGGAAGGGGUUAGAACUAGUGGAUCCUUCGGUUGGUGACUCUUAUCCCCCCAAUGAGGUUAUGCGAUGCAUUCAAGUUGGACUAUUAUGUGUCCAAGAGCGAGCAGAAGAUAGACCAACCAUGUCGACUGUAGUCCUGAUGUUGAGCAGUGAAAAUGCUUUGCUGCCUCAACCUACACAUCCCGGUUUUUGCCUGGGAAGGCACUUGGUGGAAACAGAUUCGUCAACAAGCAAGCAAGAUGAAUCGUGCACUGUGAACCGAGUCACGGUUACAAUGCUAGAUGCCCGGUAGCAAGUUGCCUAAAAAAUUCCUCCACCAUAAUUGUUGUAUAUCUCAAGGA